AUGGUUAAAAAGAAAAGUGGAAGGACUCUUAACCCCGCUGAUGCUCAUCGCAAAGCGAUGCGUCAAAAAGAAAUCAAAAAGAAUAAAAUGGAAAGAAAGAGAGUAAGAACUCUCGUUAUGGUACAUAAAGAUACAUCAAAACUUGAAGAAGAAAUAGCACGAUAUAAAGCACUUGAUAAAGAAAAAAGACUUGAUAAAAAUGGUAAAGCCAAAUUAAAAGAUUUAGAGGAUAAACUUUCAAAAAUAUUGGAUACGAAAAAGGCUCAUGGCAUUAGUGUACACAGGGAAAAACCAAAAGAUCAUAUCCCUGUAUACUUUCAUCCAACAUUAAAUCCUUCCGGAGCGUUACCGCCAAGUACCAGUAAGAGUAGCGCACAAGAUGAUGAAGAAAGUUCAGGAAAUGAAGACAGCGAUAAUGAAUAUUCUGAUGAUGAUAGAUCGUCCGAGGGAUCUGAAAAACGAAAUAAACAAGAAUCUGAUGAAGAUAUUCCACUUCCUCCUGGUAAACCACCUUCAAACGAAUCAGAUGAUGAAUUACCAGAAUUACCACCUGGAACACCACCAAAGCAAGAUGAUUCUGAUGAAGAUUUACCAGAAUUACCUCCUGGUCUGCCGCCCUCAUUACAAAAUAAUGAUAGCAACACUCAAUCUUUGGGAAUAUCGAGAUCGCCACCUUUUGGAUUUAGACCACUGAGUAUGCCUGCAGGUCCACAAUAUCCACCUCCGCAAAGUACUUACAUGAUGUUUAAUAGCCCGCCUGGAUCAUCGAAUCAUCUAAGGCCGCCGCCUAACAUUAGACCACCACCACCACCCGUGUUCCCCUCUGGAGCUGGGCAAGGAGCACCUUUAAGACCAUUGGAAUCUCGACCGCCACCUUUUAGUUCACAAGUUUCACAUUAUGGACCUCCACCACCACCAGUGCAAGGAAUAAAUAAGGUGACAAGGGAUCAUAUGAAAAAUAACUACAGCAUUGAUCCAUUAGAUGUUUAUGGAUCAUCCCAAAGAGCAUUUCCACAAAAUGUCGUCACUGAUAAAAGUCAAGCAAUGAACGUACCAUUACUUAAAUCUACUACGACAGCUACACCUGUUAUUCAAGCAGAACCUCAAGUACGAAAUCUUCAAAAAGAAUUAACUACACUUGUACCUGCUGCACUACUAAGAAAGAAAGCAGAUGCUCGUAAGCCAAAAGUAGCACGACCUGUUGUGAAUGCAGCACCUAAUAUUGAUGAUGAUUAUGAUGUUCAAGCACCGGAACAAACACAAACGGUAGUGAAUACUCCAUUACCGACGAAGAAAGCAAAGACUAAAAAGAAAGUUGACGAAUAUGACAAAUUCAUGGCUGAAAUGCAAGAUUUGUUAUAA